AUGGACUGGGGAUCCUUGCCUCUGGCAGCUCACGAUGUUUCCCCCAACUUCUGUGACUUCAGCAUACAAGAAGAUCUGGACUAUGACAUCACUCAGCAAGCUGAAUACCAAACGCUCGGUCAAGCGUUCGAAGAUGUUAUGAAUGAAAUCGAGAUGGAUGCUCAUUUGCCCUACACAGAGUCAAAUUACACGGAACUUCAACAUGAGCAACAGCAAUAUUCCGGUGAGAUGCAACCUGGAGCAGAACCUGUCUCCAUGCAAAAUAACCCAAAUCUGGUCGACAACGAUACUUAUACCACGUUUUGUGGUGUUUACUCACCUGAAAAGCUGUCUCCCGUGAGGAACAUUCGAAACACAGACUCACCGUAUCACUGCCCACGGUAUGACAACAAACUAGCUGCACGCAACAAUGUAAAAGAACGUUUCCCACACUGCAUAACCAAGGAUGGUAAUCCAGACGCACUGAGGUGGAAUGGUCAUACCAGCCUUAAACCACUUUGCAAAGGGGAAAUGAGAGACAAAGCGCGCUGUGACAGGUUUCGUGACAGCCUUGAAGCAUGGAGUGGUGUUGCAAUCCCCUCAAAGCUCUCGUGGGGUCAAGUAAUUGUCAAGUUCGUGUCCUCGGUGAGAGUCUCCCCAGCGAGACGAGGAAACCAUCUCUGUGCUGUCUGUGGCGGCGGAACCUUUUCAAAAAUCGAUCACGUCAAGAGUCACUUCAUUGGAUGUGUGAAAAGAUAUGGGAACCCUAAGGGAGCGAAUUGGUAUGAUCGCUUGGACCCCAAGCACAUUAAGAAACAUUUACCAGGAAGGCCUGAUGCCACUGUAUAUGCUCCACCAACCAUCGCGUCCAGUUACGCUCCUGUCAUGCCUUUGGGGGAAUCAGGGGUCCCAUCCAGCAGCAGCCUACACGUCCACCCCAGUCAACUAUGUUCCAGCUAUGUCGCAAGAGUACCAGUCGUCCCUUUCGGAGUACCCACCCAUCCCGCUUGA